UGAGAUCUGAUUGGUUAGUGAUACUGCUAUUGAAGCGUUGUUUCGGAAGUCCCGGAAGAAUAUUACCGAGUGUAAGUGUUUGGGACAUAUUUGGGACAGGGCCCCGUUAAGCCCCGCCUCGGCGCUGACGUCAGGAGUGUGUUUGCAGUGUGGACGUGCGGAAUGUGAGCGCCGCGGCCGCCAGAGAAGAAGGAAAAGAACACGCAGUGUAGCGCGAGCGAUGGGCGCUGCCCGCGCGGCUCAAUCCGAUAUUAGUCCAUGUUUAAACGUGAAAACUGAUUGCAGGACUGAGUGCAGGUUUUAGUGCGGAGGAGCGCCGCUGCUGCACCGACUAGCUCCAUCCACACGCCGCGUACUGCUGUACUGUGGCAUUAUCGUCAUUACUGUCGUUAUUAUUGAUUAGGGAUCAGUAGUAUCGGAGAUGGAGGAGCCGGCGAGCGCUCCGGACCCGGACCGGGACCGGGACCGACAGUACUGCGAGCUGUGCGGGAAAAUGGAAAACCUGCUGAAAUGCGGCCGCUGCAGAAACUCCUUCUACUGCAGCAAGGAGCACCAGAAGCAGCACUGGAAGAAGCACAAACUGACCUGCAGGGAGGCGGAGGAGAAGCAGAGAGCUCAGAAACCUCCUCCGGACAGCAAGAAUGAGCAGCAGGGCUCCACGGAGGGCUCCUCGGACGCGGGGAAAGUGAAAGAUGUCAUCAGCAGUGCUGAAGGCUCGGAGGUCUCGGAGGGGAAGCUGUCAGACGACGGCAUCAACAACAACAACAGCAGCAGCAGCACCCUGAGGCCGAGCAGUGGCGCAAGGUCCUCCCCUCAGAAGCUGGCGCUGGAGUACAUCGCCCCCUGCAUGAACAAGCACGGCAUCUGCGUGGUGGACAACUUCCUGGGCGAGGAGACCGGACUGAGCAUCCUCGCCGACGUCAAGGCGCUACAUCAGAGCGGGAAGUUCACUGACGGACAGCUGGUCAGCCAAAAAAGUGACUCCUCUAAGGACAUACGGGGGGACCAAAUAGCCUGGAUCGAGGGUCAGGAGCCCGGCUGCAAGAAAAUCCGCUUCCUGAUGAGCCGCAUGGAUGACCUAAUCCGACACUGCAAUGACAAACUGGGGAACUACAGGAUAAACGGAAGAACGAAAGCUAUGGUGGCUUGUUACCCCGGUAACGGAACAGGAUAUGUGCGCCAUGUGGACAACCCUAACAGUGAUGGGAGAUGUGUCACAUGUAUAUAUUAUCUUAAUAAGAAUUGGGAUGCAAAGGAACAUGGGGGACUGCUGAGAAUAUUUCCUGAAGGAAAGUCACAGUUUGCAGAUAUCGAGCCUAAAUUUGACCGGCUGCUUUUUUUCUGGUCUGACAGACGGAACCCGCAUGAGGUUCAGCCAGCAUACUCCACCAGGUAUGCUAUAACGGUGUGGUAUUUCGAUGCUGAUGAACGAGCUCGUGCUAAAGAGAAAUACCUGACAGGUUCUGGAGAAAAGGGAGUGAAGGUGGAGCUUAACAAGCCGUCUGAGCCGUGCUGACGAGUGCUCCUCCCGAAACGCUCCAAGCGGAGAAUAAACCGAAAACCGACAUACAAAUGUACAGACGUCUGUAUCAGCGACGGAACCAGAAACAUUGAGAAACAAGCUGUUAUUAUUCAGGCAGAAACAACUCAUUUUGAAUGUAAUGCCAUCAAAGUUUUUUACAAGCCGAGCGCAGAAUGGACCACAAUCUGAAGGAGGACGUCCUCUCAUUUCGGCCUCCUUAUUUUGUUUUGUUCUGGUUUGUUUUUUUGGUAAAGUCCUCUUAAAACAAAGAAGUGUUAAAAGGUUCUUUGAGCAGUGACGUAGAACAGAGGCCUUCAAAUCUGGACCUUCAACCAAUCUUUCCAGUCCUGGAUUUUGUGCUCACUGGCAGGUCAGUGAUCACAAAAUCCAGGAGCGGAAACUGGAUUCGAGGUCGUAGAUAUCUGCUGCAGUAGAACCAUUCUUGGUUUCUCGAAGAACCAAACAAGAAAUUUGUGUUUCUGAAUGUGAAGAACUUCAAAGAAGGUUCUUUACCAAUUUAGGGGUUCGUCCAAGAAUGUUUGGUUGACGUGGAGGUUCUUUAUACUUUAGGAAGGUCCCUCAGACUCACACGCUCAAUUAAAAAAGUUCUCUGAAGAGUAAUCCACAGGAAGAGAACCAAAAGUGGGUUCUUCUACAGCGUAACACAGAGAACCCUUGUUCUUGGCAGUGAAGGUACAGCACUUUUUGUUACCCUGUGUGAUUCACGUUCCUUUGAUCUGAUGGUAAUGAACUGAACCUGCUGACCUGUUUGAUUUCUGGACUGAAGCUCAGACAAAGCGUGUUCCUGAGAUCCGAGACCCGGUUCUGUACAUUAAGCUGCUUCUCCUUGUGUUUGUUGUGGCUGGUCUGAUCUUGUAUUGAAAGGCUUUGGAUUGUUCUGCAGACUAAUCUCUUAUUGGCUUGUGAAACUGCUAAUUAAUCAGCUCAAAUUACAGGUGUUUUAUCAAGCAAUUAAAAGGUACUGCACGAACAUUUA